GGCAAAUGUUCCCCCAGCUGUUUCCUGUCUACAGUGUCUGUGUAAUGUAGAUAAAUGUGAGGAUUUUCUCUAAAUCCCUCUUCUGUUUGCUAAAUCUCACUGUCACUGCUAAAAUCAGAGCAGAUAGAGCCUGCGCAAUGGAAUAAAAGUCCUCAAUAUUGAAAUGUGACAUUGCUCUCAACAUCUCACCUCUCUCUGGAUUUCUUUUCUUCUCUUUUCCCCCCCUCUCCCCCCCUCAUUAUUACUGCUAACCAAUUCAUUUCCAGAGUUUGCACUUAAGAAGCAAUGGAAAAAAUCAACAGUCUUUCAACUCAAUUAUUUAAGUGCUGCUUUUGUGAUUUCUUGAAGGUGAAGAUGCGCACUAUGUCCUACGUUCAUCUCUUCUACUUUGGCCUGGGUUUGCUUACGUUAACCAGUUCCUCUGCUGCUGCUGCUGGCCCAGAAACACUUUGUGGUGCUGAGCUGGUUGAUGCUCUUCAAUUUGUCUGUGGUGAAAGAGGAUUUUAUUUCAGUAAACCAUCAGGGUAUGGAGGCAAUAGACGUCCACCUCCUACCAAAGGAAUAGUGGAUGAAUGUUGCUUCCAGAGCUGUGACCUGAGACGGCUGGAGAUGUACUGUGCUCCUGUCAAGCCACCUAAAUCUGCACGGUCUGUACGUGCUCAGCGCCACACUGAUAUGCCUAAAGCACAAAAGGAAAUGCAUUUGAAGAACACAAGUAGAGGAAACACAGGAAACAGGAACUACAGAAUGUAAGAAAAUACCAUCCAUAAAAGUGAAGAAUGAAUGUGCCAUCUGCAGGAUACUUUGCUGCAAAUAAAUUGUCAAACAUUGGACAAAACGCUAGAGUUCAAUAAGCUUGAUGAAAUUUCCACUAAUGGGCAUUCUUCCAAUGAACAAUGCAAGCAAACAUUCCAAUACAAACCAACUCAGUGCUAAAAUGUUUCUGAGACUGGUAGAUUGCUUUUCUAAUUGUUCACCUGCUAUAAAAUGUCCUGCAUACACAUAUACAUACAUAUACACAGACAGUGAACUCUAACAAAUCCUGUGCCCCUCAAAAGCCAGCAAAUGUACAGGCCUUUGAUGGAUCCAAUUGCACUAAAUUAACUUAUGAACCCUGCUGUUGGAGUCAUUCUCCAACCUUGUCUAAGUGGGUUAAGUUGUUGUUGUUUUUUAAUAUUUGCACUUCCAUACAAGCAACAGACUGUUUGUCUUGCAAUGUCUGAUAACAUUGUAUGUUUGCCCCUUUCAUAUUUGCACAGUUUGACAUUCCCAGUAGCAGCGGCAGUUCAGUAACACAUUAAUUUCACCAGUAGCAUUUUGAUAACAUAUGAGUUACAUGCGUUCAUCCCAAUCAGAGAUCCCUAUGGGCUCCAAUAUGCACAAAGAGCUCCUGCUUGUGUGAGAAGCACCAUUUACUUUGAAGGAUAAAGCGGCUAAACACAUUACAUCCUUUAUUUGCAUAUGAAACCACCCACAGCCACUGUAGUGAAUGAAUACACUUGAGUUCCAUGUGUGCAUGUGAGCUCCAUGUUUGCAGGAAAUUGCCGAAUUAGGAUAACAGAUUUCUAGGACAAAGUUCACCACUGCAACAACAGCACAUUAUGAUACAAAUACAUGCAACGUGGACAAUAGGGUCUUUUUGUUUGUUAAGAAUCUGUUUUGUUUUAGAAUCAAUUGAGAGCACACAAAGACUCUUUUAAAUCCUCAGUGACUCUUUCAGGUGAUGAGUUAUCUUGCAACAAUAUAAAUAAAAUGUCUUUUCCUCCAUAUAGUGCAGUAUGUAGAAAUUUAGCAUAUCAAUAAUACACAUAUAAUCAACAAUAUGUAAGACUGUUUCAUAGUACAAUGGUGCUAUUUUGUAGCUUGUUUUAUGGAAGGGUCUGGCCAAAACUGUAAGAGGUAAAAGCAAAAUAAUAGUGGAGUGGAGUGGGAACUAAGCCAAAGAUUAAAGGGAAGGAAUUUGUAGGGAAUACAUGCAUGAUUUUUUUUUAAAAAAAAACCCACCUAAAAUCUAAACAUGAAUAUCAAGUAACACUAGUAUCCAAAAGUGGUGAAAUUUCCAUCUGACUCUGUUUAGCCAACAAAGUGGCAACAUACAAAAAAAAUAGAUGGUGCCAGUGCAAAGACAUUGGCAUCUUGUUCUUGGCUAGUGGCAGUUUUGCAAUCAGCUCUUAGUAACAUUAAAAGGAUACAAAUUAUGACUUGGCAGCAGCAUGGAGAUCAUUGUACCCAACUAAUGCUCCUUGACUGGACUUCAGCAACAAGAGGACUGGCCCAGAAGAGGCAGCUAAAACUAGUAGUUGAGUUGCAAUGGCCACAUCCCACAUAAUGUUUUAAGAAUGAGUUAGGCUGCAAUGAUGCAUAGAGCGAAGUAGCUUCAGUAGACAUAAAGCAGCCUGAGGCCUCCCUUGACUCAUGAACUUGGGAUCUGCUUCCAUGUGAUGCAAUCCUGUGCUGAAUCGGCUCACAAGUAGAAUCACAUGAAUCUUUCCCGCAAGGUCAAUGCCCACUCCCCUGCUGGUGGAAAAGACUUUAUAUGAUUAGCCCCACUAUGUAUGUGGCACUGAAGCAUGGGGUUGAACCACUAAGAAAUAGCUUCCAUGCUUACUUCUCUAACAGCCGCCCAAGUCCUCUGCAGUGAUAAUCAACUAUAGACAAUCUUGCCAUGGAGUUCUGCUACCAAUCCAGUGACCCCAAUUCUAGGGAAAUAAGCUUUUUGCUGAGACUUUGGUGAUUUCCCCAAGUUCUUCUAAGCUCUUGUUUAUAAAGCUACUUUCCUGCCAAUGCACACUAAAUGCACACUAAAUGCCUAGACACCCAUCAUCACACAAAACUGAACACAAUCAGCAGAAUCUUACUGUACCACUUUAGAUUGCAGGUGGGGGGGUCACGUGUCUGAAAUGCUUCCCCAUAUAUAAAACUUCCUGUACUCAGAAAAAUAGCAAUUUGGAAAAUAAUUUUAGCUUCACUUUCUCCCUGACAUGCUGCUUUUCUGUGUGCAGGGUGUUCCAUUCCCAAGGUACGGGCAUUUCCCAAGGAACAGAAACACUGCACCAUGUGAUUCUGUUGAUUAUGUAACUUAAGUCAGAGGUGGUACUACCCUCCACACACACGCACAAAAUAGCAACACUUAUCCUAGUGCUCUGUAAGACUUUAUUUAUACUGUGACAUGAAUAGGAACUCUAACAGUAGCCCAGAUCAGAUGCAAGAACCUGCAAGUCAUUUGGCUCAGUGUUGUCUGAGGAAGGACUACUGUAAGGAAACAAAUCCCAGACCAAGAAAUAAAAUAGUCCCAUGUAAUUUUUACAUGAGAUUGUAUCUUUAGACUGCCCUAAAAACACUUGCAUGUAAUAAGUCUGCUAACUGCAUGGAUAUAAGUCUCACUUGCUUUAUAUGCACAUAUGUUUGUUUAAGGCUAUGAUCCUGUACAUCCUUUCCUGGGAGUACGUAUCAUUGAACUCAAGUGGGCCUUACUUCUGCUUGACAAGUGUGGGAUUGCACUGCAAUCCUGACCUGCCCUUAUCUAAAAGGCAUUAAGGUCAAUGGGACCCAGUGAGACUUAUUUUCUAUAAAAUAUGCAUAGUAUUGUGCUGCGUGAGUUGGGAUUUAAUGCAGAAUGGGCUCAGAUGGUGCAAAGGCCUUGUGCUGGCCCUCUGGAUGGGUAUCACCUUUAUUAGUACCUAGCGGUAAUUUUUACAUAUAUUUGGAUGAUGGCUGGAACCUAUGAAUGUAUAUACAUAUGAAGUCUUCUGCUGUAUCUAAGGCUCCUCCAUUUUUAAGAGCAAGAACUUAACAAAUGAAGGAUCAUGAAAAAAUAUGUAGCGAAUUUUGCUUUACCUUUUAUUGAUUUGGUCAGCUAUGCCAAAGUGGUGCUAUUGUUUUGUUUAAGAAAGUACUUGACUUAAAAAAAAACUUAUAAAAGAAAGCAUAUACAUAUUUUUAAGAUAAGAAAUAACAAAUAUAUAGAUUUUGCUUAUUAAAAUAGAAACACCUCUAGCCAUAUCCUUUCAACUUUUCGCCAUUAAAAACUCACAUUUGUCAAACUGGGACAGUACUUACAUUUUUAAAAAGAGCGAAAUAAAACUGCCAAAAUUAAUACAAAUGCUAGGUGCAGCACUGAAUAUUGGAACUGAAAGGCAUGGCCUACAAAAUACUGCUGCAGUUUAAUUUCUAUUUGAUUCUAUGGGUCUUAUGCAGGGGUACUGCUCUAACCCAUCGAGAUGAAUGGAUGUUGUGGCACAACAUUCGUUGUCUCUACAACCCUAACGCGUUUUCACACGUGACAAUAAAAGCAUCCUUGAGCCUUACUUGUGCCUUCUACCUGCAUGUAUGAAUGUUGUCAAUAAAACACAGAACAGUGCCAUUUUUAAAACUGAAGGUAUAUUGCAGCCAGUGUUGGAUUUACACCUGUAUUACAAAGAAAGGGGAAUGGGAAAAGGGGAAUGAUUCAAGAUUCACAUGUGAAGAAUGCACUAAUACCAUCCCCAAUUCAGCUCUAGUCACACUGUACAGUCACACACAUCUCUCUGGGCCAGAUUUAGCCCAGGCGCCUCCAAUUGUUUCUAAGAUUAUAAAUGUUUAUAAACGUAUGAGUGAUUAGUUGCACCAGAUAGUGGAUGUGCAUUUGAAUGAGCAUCCUACUGAAAAGCAGUUCAGAACAGAUAGAUGGCAUCCACACUUAACAGCAAACUCCUAUGCAUGUCUACUCUGAAGUAAGCCUCACUGAGUUGAAUUGGACUUACUCCUAGAUAAGUGUGCAUAGAAUUGCAGCCUUAGACAUGCAUUUUUUAUCCAUAAAUCCUGCAUUGAUCCACACACCAAAGCCUGCUCAUGUGGCUAGAUCUCCUUACCUGGGUUAGGGCAAACAUUUAUUUUGGCUGACUAUAAUGGAUAACUCUAGGGUAGGUUCACCAACACUGAUAAUAUCAUUCUGGAGAAAUUGGUUUGAGUGCAAAUUAUAACUGUCCAAAUUCAAAAAACUGCCUUAAAGUGAAAAGAAGAACAAAUCAAUUUGGGGAGGAAGAAACUAUAUAUUCUACCAAAAUUAAUAGGUCUAGUUUUUGGAAAAAGAGUUGAAAAUAUAUGGCUAGCAUUCUGUGAAGCUGAAACUGUGUGUGUGUUGAGUCUGUAUGUGUGAUUUUUUGAAAGAAAAACUUUAUAUGGUUUUCACAAACUUCACAAUGUGCAAAAAUGACAUUGUUAGGUGUGUGUUUUUAAUGAAAGUUAAAUACAAUUAGAGAUUAUUUGAACUGAGAGACAAGAUAGGAAAAAACUGUUCUGAUAGAAGUAUAACCAGUCUAUUUAAUGUGUUUUAAAACUACUUUUAACCUGGAAAUGAAUAGUAAUAAUUUAUUAAAGACACAGUAUAUACCACUGGUUUCUCUUUUAAAAAUACCACCCCUGUUCAAACAAGUACGUGAUAUAUUUUAAAGUUUAUCCAAAGAAGACUUUCUAUUAUUCUGGUUUCAAGUGGCCUCUCCAGUUUAAAUGCCUGUGUCUUUGAUUAUUAUUUUUAAAGGGGGAUUAGGACUUUUUUGUGUUAUUUAACAAGUCACAAAUCUUCACUGGUGACUUUCCUCAUAAGCCAUUUACUAUACAGAAGCACCAUUUGGUAAAUCAUGUACAUCAAAUUCCUGUCUUGAAAAAAACACACAAAUCCUUAAUGCAAACCUGUAUGCAUUUUAAUCCUGCAAUAGACAUUUUUGCUUAUCACAGUAUCCUACAAGGACUAUAAUUACUCAAACACAGCAUCUUGUGUACCAUUUUUUCCUGUUUGACUUUUCCACAAGGGCGGUUGUAAAAAUAUCUGAAACUUGACUACAUAUAAUACAGUUACCACUCUAAUAAAGAUAAAACUAAAUUAUGUUUUAAUUUCCCUAGGAAGACUGAGGCUAUGUAUAGAUAGUGUAUAGAUAUAUGUAUAGAUAGUGUAAAUAAAUUGUAAUUCAGGCCAAAUUAGUCAUAACUAGCUGAAGAACCGUUGUGUCCCAUCCAGAGCCGAAAGAAUGAGGCUGGAGUGUGUGUGCAAGUAAAUCUCGUUUUAUUAGAGUAAUUCAUCAAAGGCAUUGCGCUUCAUAGGAAACCCUACGCUAACUCACUAGAGUCCCUAACUAUACUCUAGACAUGCUCUGCAGCGUGUGAAGGAAGUUGACUCAACGACCCCCCACUGGGAGCAGCAGGCUUAUAUAGGAAAUGUUUUCGAACGUAAUCUCUGACUCCUUCGUAAUUCCUGUCUUUGCCCUGUCCGUUUCUCGCGGCAACGGGAACGAUGAGACAGGGGACGCCCAUCCAACAGCUCAUCUGAAGACACCUGCUCCCGAGCAACGGGCUCGAGGUCAGGGGGCGGUGCCACACUGGAAUCCUCCUGGGAACUGCUUGGUAAAGGAGGAGCUGGCACUGACUCUGAAGCUUCCCCCCACAAGUCCUCUGCAUCAACUGGAGGCGGUGCGCUCGGCUCCUCGGAAAGGGCGUUACUCGUGGGAACUGGCUGGAGAGCAGGCUGCCUUCCUCCCGCACGAUCCUGCUCAGACACAACAAUCUCCAACUCUGCUUCUUCUGGCUGCGGAGGUGCCUAAAACUCAUGGCUCCCCCCUUCCUGUCCCUUCUGAGUUGGCUGCAGCGCAACAUCAUCCCACCCUCCAUGCUUUAACCCUUCCCACCCCUGAGGUCUAGGUUUUUCUGGAUAAGCCUCAUGGAAUUCUCUCACCAAAGUCGGAGCGUGCAUAUUCUCCUCUGUUUCCCAGGAACGUUCAGUUGGAUUGUACCCCUUCCAAUGAAUCAGGUACUGAAGACGCCCUCGGCGUUUUCGCGAGUCCAAAAUCUGUUCUACUUCGUAUUCCUCCUCCCCCUCUACCAACAACGGUGGCGCGGGCUCCACUCGCGGACGGUGAGGGUCGGGGGCAGCGUCCUUGGUCAACAAUGCCCUGUGGAAGACGGGGUGCAUCUUGAAGGUGGGUGGCAAUUUUAGUCUGUAAGCCACGGGGUUAAUCUGAGCCUCCACCUCAAAGGGCCCUACACGCCGAUCCUGCAGUUUACGACACCGGCCAGGCAUAGCUAGGAAACAUGUAGAGAUCCAGACCUGGUCUCCCACUCGUAUGAUGUCUCCCUCUCUCCGAUGUUGGUCAGCUGCGCGUUUGUAAUCUGCUUUGGCCUGUUCUAGUUGCUCUUGGAGUAGCUGUUGCAUAGCGUGAAGUUCCUGCAAGUAAUCCUCAGUGGCUGGGACUGAGAGUCUUUUGGGGCAGGGAAGGCUCAGGGGUGGUAGCCAAAAUUGGUGAAGAAAGGAGUCUGUUGCGUGUGCGAAUGCACAGCAUUAUUAUAGGCAAAUUCUGCUAAAUGCAGGUAGGACAUCCAGUUGUCCUGGUGAUACCCUACAAAACAACGUAAAUAUUGUUGCAACACUGCGUUGACCCUCUCGGACUGCCCAUCCGUUUGGGGAUGAUGGGCAGACAACAGUCUCAGCUCACUUUGCAGCAACUUCCACAAUGCUUGCCAAAAACGCGAGGUGAAUUGUGUGCCCCGAUCGGAAACCAGGCUGUCUGGCAGACCGUGAAGCCGAUACAACUUGGCAGUGUCUUGAGCGCUUGGGAGCCCUGCGCACGGAAUGAAGUGAGCCAUUUUCGAGAAGGCAUCAACAACCACCAAAACUGUGGUUUUCCCCUGCGAAGGUGGAAGGUCUGUUAUAAAAUCCAUAGUAAUCAUUCGCCAAGGUCCUCCUGGAGUAGGGAGGGGUUCCAGUAGCCCCGGUGGCUUCCCAGUGGCAUGUUUAGCCCUCAUGCAAGUGGGGCAAGAGUGAACGUAAUGCUCUACAUCCUUCUUCACCUUGGGCCACCAGAACUCCCGAGUGACAGCUUGAAUGGUCUUAAAAACCCCAAAGUGGCCUGCCGUGGGGGCGUCAUGGCACUGACGUAGUACCCUCACUCGCAGUUCUCCAGGGGGCACAUAAACAGCUUCCUGAUGGUGCAGUAUGCCAUCCUUCCAUAUAAGGUCCUUCUGUUCUGCCUGGGGUGACGCGAUCUCUUCGACCCGCUGCUCCUGCACGAAAGGGUCCUGUUGUUGCGCUUCACGCACUUCAGCUUCCCAAGAAUCUUGGCAGGCCCCUACUACUCCCCGCUCGGGAGGGAUUAUGUACUGUAACGGUUUUGGGGUGGGAUCCCUCAGAAAUUCUGGCUUCCUCGAGAGGGCAUCAGCCCGCUUAUUCUGUGCUUGGGAGAUAUAAUGAAUUUUGAAAUGGAACCGUGCGAAGAACUAAGCCCAGCGCACUUGCCUCUGAUUGAGUUUAUGGGCGGUAUGAAGACUCUCUAGAUUACGAUGGUCUGUGCACACCUCAAUUUCAUGCUGCGCCCCUUCCAGAUGGUGUCUCCAGGCUUCAAAGCCAUCUCUAAUGGCUAAUAGCUCCUUUUCCCACACAGUGUAGUUUUGUUCAGAGUCGGUUAACUUUCUGGAAAAGUAGGCACAAGGCAUCAGUUCUCCCCCUUUCUGGGCCGGUUGCAAAAGAACCCCUCCGAUAGCGACAUCCGACGCAUCCGUCUCUACCACAAAAGGGAGCGCCGGGUCGGCAUGCUGUAGUAUGGGUUCGGUAGCAAACCUUCACUUCAGGCUCUCGAAAGCCUCUUGUGCAGCUUCUGUCCAUUGGAAAGGUCCUGAGCCCUUCCGGCAAUCCGUGAGCGGUGCGGUCUGAUGGGAGUAGUUGGCUAUGAAACGAUGGUAGUAAUUCGCAAAGCCCAAGAAGCGUUGCAAAUCCUUCUUGGUCUUGGGGGGUUGCCACGUGAGUACACAAUGAACUUUUUCUGGGUCCAUUUCUACUCCUGCUGGAGAGAUCCAAUACCCCAGAAAGUCCAACGUGGUUAGGUCAAACACACACUUUUCCAGCUUCGCGUAAAGACGGUGUUCCCGUAACUUCUGCAGCACUGCACGCACAUGCGAGUCGUGUUCCUCGGGAGUAUUCGAAUAAAUCAGAAUAUCAUCCAAAUACACUAUCGUAAAGCGGUCCACAAAGUCCCGAAAGAUGUCAUUCAUAAAAUUUUGGAAGACUCCAGGUGCUCCCAACAACCCGUAUGGCAUUACCAAAUACUCAAACUGACCGUAACGGGUCUUAAACACAGUCUUCCAUUCAGGACCUGCCUUAAUCCUCACCAAGUUGUAAGCUCCUCUCAAGUCCAGUUUCGUGAAAAUUUUGGCGGAACGCAACCUCUCCAACAUUUCCCUAAUGAGCGGCAGCGGGUAACUAUUGGGGAUAGUGAGCUGGUUUAGGGCCCGAUAAUCAUUACAGGGACGGAGCUCCCCCCCUUUUUUCUUCACAAACAGCAGGGGUGCACCAGCUGGGGACUGUGAAGGGCGAAUGAAGCCUUUCUUCAAAUUGGCGUCCAGAAACUCCCUUAACACUGCCAACUCUGGUUCAGAUAGAGAGUAGAUCCGCCCGGCGAAGAUGCGUGCUCCAGGCACCAAAUCAAUGGCACAAUCAUAGGGCCGGUGAGGAGGGAGUUGCUCCGCUUCCUUUUUAUUGAAGACGUCCCGAAAACUCCCAUACUUGGCAGGCAAAGUUAUCUCCCUUGGGGGAGACGCCCCUGCCAACACCUGUGGCUCCUCUUCAGGCUGGCAAUGUUGAUGGCAGUACUUGGAGGUAAAAACCACCACAGCUUCAUCCCAAAAGAUUGUGGGGUUGUGCCUAACCAGCCAAGGCAUACCCAACACCACCGGGAAACGCGGCAAGGACGCCACAUAGAAUGACAGGUCUUCCCGAUGCCCAGGGACCUUCACUUCCACGGACUCAGUCACCCGAGUCACCCCCCCAGACUUCAGAGGCCGGCCAUCUAUAGUUUCCACUGCCAACAGCUGGCUCAGUUCUCUUGUGGGAAUAGCGUGGUGUAGCGCCAACUCUCGGUCUGUGAAACAAGAGGAUGCUUCAUUGUCGAUCAUAGCCUUGGCUGAGAAGCUCUCGCCUGAGGAUAGGGUGAUGCGAAUGGGCAACAGAAGGGCCCCUUGGGAGGGAAGGGGUCGUAACGGAGGCUCAGUGUUUGUAGCAGCCCCCAACUCUCUAGCCUCUACGAGAGCUGGGAUGUGAAGUUUUCUAGCGGCUGGGAUCUUCCAGUUUUGGCUGCACAAUUUCUGGCGAGGUGUCCAGACUUUCCGCAAUAGAGACACAGUCCUUCCCUCCGGCGUCUUUCCCUCUCCUCCUCUGUCAAUUGCAGUCUAGCCCCCUCAAUCUGCAUGGGCUCCUCUCCCGAGACAGUAGGGAUGCCAGGAUUGGGCACAGGGCACACAUGGGGCAGCGGAGCAGCAACCUGACUCCGUGAAGGCUCCAUUCUUCGCUCCAACUUUCUUCCUUCUAAGCGGCUGUCUAUCUGCAAACUCAGUUGAAUCAAACCCCUCAGUGAGUCGGGGUGUGUGGAGCGCACCAGUUCAUCCAACACUUCUGGACUCAGUCCAUUUCUGUAGAAGUACAUCAAGGCUGGGUCAUUGUACUCCGUCUCCUGAGACAAAACACAAAAAGCAUUCGUGUAUUGCCCUACAGACCCCCUUCCCUGUCUCAGGGUCCCUAACUGGCGGACAACCGUCUCCUUCCUCUGGGGGUCUUGGAACAUGUCCCCCAUCGCAUUCUUGAAGGCGUCAAACUGGUGCAAUAUCUGGUCAUUGCGAAUCAAAUACGGGGUGGCCCAUUUUGCUGCUUCCCCUUCCAAUAAACUGAUGAUGAACGCCACCUUCGCGUCAUCAGUUGGGAACUCAGCUCUGCGCACUUGAAUGUACAACUCACAUUGGGCUAGAAACGUGGCAAACUGUUCACUCUGGGCCCCGUAUCGCACGGGGAGCCCCACUGGAGACUUCACAGGGGCUGCCGCCCCAGGAGGCACAGCCUGGACUUGAGCAACCAAGGCAUGAAGAUUCUGGUUAUCCACUUGCAAGGCUUGCGUUGCGGCUCUGAGGUUUUGGUUCUCGGCUUGUAGGGCUUGCGUAGUCACUCGGAGGUUCUGGAUCUCGGCAUACAAAGCUUCCAUGGUGAUAGGUACUCCCCCUCUUGCUCCGUUCUGGUCCAUGUCAUCCGCCAUGGGAACAGGUUCGAGUAGGCAUGGUGGUUGAGUCAAUCUGUCCCAUCCAGAGCCGAAAGAAUGAGGCUGGAGUGUGUGUGCAAGUAAAUCUCGUUUUAUUAGAGUAAUGGAUACAUCAAAGGCAUUGCGCUUCAUAGGAAACCCUACGCUAACUCACUAGAGUCCCUAACUAUACUCUAGACAUGCUCUGCAGCGUGUGAAGGAAGUUGACUCAACGACCCCCCACUGGGAGCGGCAGGCUUAUAUAGGAAAUGUUUUCGAACGUGAUCUCUGACUCCUUCAUAAUUCCUGUCUUUGCCCUGUCCGUUUCUUGCGGCGACGGGAACGAGGAGACAGGGGACGUGCAUCCAACAGCUCAUCUGAAGACACCUGCUCCCGAGCAACAGGAUCGAGGUCAGGGGGCGGUGCCACACUGGAAUCCUCCUGGGAACUGCUUGGUAAAGGAGGAGCUGGCACUGACUCUGAAGCUUCCCCCCACAAGUCCUCUGCAUCAACUGGGGGCGGUGCGCUCAGCUCCUCGGAAAGGGCGUUACUCGUGGGAACUGGCUGGAGAGCAGGCUGCCCCCCUCCUGCACGAUCCUGCUCAGACACAACAAUCUCCAACUCUGCUUCUUCUGGCUGCGGAGGUGCCUGAAACUCAUGGCUCCCCCCUUCCUGUCCCUUCUGAGUUGGCUGCAGCACAACAUGUUGCUUCAAUGUUAUUUUGUCACAGCUAACUUUGAUUGGAUCAUGGCCAAUAGUUUUUGACAUGCUUAAAGGUGGAAUAAUAGAAUGAGCAUUGUCCAUGGGGCACAUCAUCAUUUUCUCUGGCUCACUAUGGCAGGGAUCAACAAGGAGAGGCACCUGGGCUAAACUGGUCCAGAGAGAUUCUGAUCUGUCCCAUCAUCCCUAACUCUCUUAGGGAUGUGCUAGAAUUCCACCCAAUUUGGAUUUGGUACCAAAUUUUCCAUUAAUCUGAUUAUUUUCUGUCAUU